UCCUGAGAGGAAGGACUUUUAGUUUCGUAAAGCCAAAGGUGGUAAACGAAACGGCAAGACAUAUAGGCGUUGCACGGAAUAGUCGUCUGUUUAGUAGUCCAAAUUUGAGUUAAGUGACCAUGUCAGACAAGACAAUCAAAUUUUGGAUUAUUGAUGCUUUGGAAAAUCUGUCAGCCAAAGAUUUAAAGAAGUUCAAAGUAAUGUUAUGCGAUCGGGAGGAGGAACCGCGCGUUACCAGGCGUGCUGUCGAAGAUGCAGAUGAGAUGGACUUGGCCGAUCUUUUGGUGAAAAUGUGUACAGAAUCGAAGGCAGCGCAAGUAACUAUUGACACUUUUAAAAAGCUUGGAUUUAACAAUGAAGCUACAAUGCUUGCCUCCAAAGUUUCGAGUGGAGAUGGCAACUCUGCAGGUUCAAAAUACAUGACCGCAGGUCAGCACUUCAUCGACAAGCAUCGUAUCUCGCUGAUCGAGAGAAUCACCGCGGUGGACCCCAUCUUGGAUCGCCUGCUGAUGAAAAAAGUCAUCACCCAGGAGAACUACAGCGACAUCCGCUGCCUGAACACCAGUUACAAGAAGAUGAGGGAGCUGUUUGAAAUGGGAAGUAUUCGCAGCAGUGUGAAGGGCAAGGACUGCCUGUAUGAGGUGCUGAUGGAGUCGGAGCCCUUCGUCAUGGAGGAGCUCAGGGAGAGAUCCUAAGUCCAAAAGUCUUGGCACCUGCUCAUUACCAAAUGUGGAGGACUUUGAUUAUCAGUGAUCCACAGUGUGUCACUUGUCUCAAGGAUUGUGUUGAUAAUUCCACCAUUCAGACUAAUUUCUCUGUGAACUAUUACAUGAACUGAGGAGGGAGUUGUGGCCUAUAUGCAUCCCAUGGGGAACCGGGUCCAAUAGUGAACUGCAAUCAUUUCUCUGAGGUGCUGUGCCCUCCUGCCUGGCUGUGACCAUAAUAUGUGACUGACCAUAUUAUGCUUCACCUGUGAAUUGCAGUCAGGGAGGUGGAGGAGGCGAACCCAACAUCAAUAGUCUCAUCUCCCAACCUUAUAUUUAGGUUUUUUGUUCAAUCAGUAAUUUUUUUACAUGAAAACAUGAAGGCAAACAGGAAUAGGGAUUCUCUCACGUUUUUAAAGCACUUUUUAAAGCACUCUGGCUAUAUCUGCCCUGAAAGAAAUUCACUGUUUGUUAUAAGCAUGAUGACAUUUGUUGACAUUUGUAUAAGCAUGAUGACAACAUAAUGACAAACAUGACUUUUUUUUAACAAUACAUAGCCCUAUUAACAGUAUAAUAAAUGUAUCUUGACAACUCCCAGAUAGUGUGUUUAGGUGGUUAAUGUUGAGAUUAAAGUACAAGCCUUUCAUCACUGGUAUCAGGGUGGUUAAAGGUGCUCCUGUGGAAACACUUUAGCACUGACCAGUAUGUCAUAUCAGAAAGAGGUUUCAGAAUAAUUUUGGUUUGAGGUUUUUGGGAUCAACACACCCUUCACUCCUGUCCCGAAGCAACGUAUUCAUUGGCUGUUCUAGUGUAUAGCUUAUUUCGAGGCACGUAUAUUGAAUCACAGAUGAAUGUUAGAUGGCAAAAGGACCUGUGCCCUCAAAAACAAAUAUUCAGACAGAUUUUGAUUUACGAUAAUAUUUUCAUAUUAUCACUGGUGUGUGUUAUGAUGCUGUGUCCUACAUUUGUAUCUGCUGUGGGCAUUGAGAAUAGCUGGAGGGCUGAAACGUCUGCUCUUGCUCCCAAAAUUAAAUGAAAAAACUCCUUUCUGAA